AUGCCCUGCACAGGAGCCCAACCCUCGCUCCAGCGGCUUUUCCUUGAGGCAAGUCGGACGCGUGAGAUCCCAUCGUUUCUCCUUCCGUCUGUCUCCUCCCUGCGAUCUUUCUCCACGAGCCAUGCACGACGGUCACGCAUCGGACGCGAAGCAAUCACAAUACCCCCAGAAGUCACUCUACGAUUCUUCGACCUACCAAAGGGAACUGGGAGGAGCAGGAAUCCAGAUACACCGAAGUCCGCGCUUGAGGUGACUGGACCGUUAGGUCAAAUGACGGUCCCUUUACCACCCUAUCUGGCCACAUCACAGGAAGAUGACGGGAAAAAGCUGUUGCUGAAUGUGGGAGAUGUAAAUGAAAAACACCAAAGGUCUAUGUGGGGGACAAUGCGCACCCUCGUUCAAAACAGCGUUUCCGGCGUAUCUGAAGGCCAUGUCUGCAUCCUCCGGCUGGUCGGCGUCGGCUACCGAGCAACAAUCGAAGAAUCCGCGAUCACCAAGAAGCCCGAGUACCCAGGCCAGAAAUUUGUGAAUCUGAAGCUGGGAUUCGCACAUCCGGUAGAAAUGCCCAUUCCACAGGGUGUUAAGGCUAGUGUGCCUCAGCCAACACGGAUCCUGUUAGAGGGCUGUGACAAGCAGGUGGUGACGCAGUUCGCCGCAGAGAUCCGUGAUUGGCGCAAACCGGAACCCUAUAAAGGGAAGGGCAUCUUUGUGAACGAUGAGACUAUCAAGCUUAAGGGCAAGAAAGCUAAGUAG